CCGACUUGGACCUGUCACCUGUCACCUGAGAUAGUACGAAGAUGUACGCUUCGAAUCUGUUUACCCCAAACUUCGACCCUACGGCCGCGUAGGUGCAGGCAUGCCUCUCGCUCUACGCCGCGCGUCGAAAAAGGAUCGCGCUCUCCAAUACGGCGCAGUCGCUUGCGCGUUCUUGAAGGAUGUUGGGAAUGCCUCAAAUCAGCCGUAUCUGCAGGUCAUGGCGAGCGUAGCGCUGGUGAUCAUGGAAACGGUUCUAAGAGUCCAGAACAACAAAGAUGCCUGCGAAAGGAUGACUGAGCGCGCGUACGAGCUUGUCUGUGCCGUGGUCAACAUCUGCUGCGACUCAGAAACUGAACUGUCGCCUGCCAUCAUUCGGAGCAUCGUCCAAUUCACUGAGACCCUCGAGAAGAUCCUCACUUUCGUACGCAGCCAAGUGCGAGGCGGGCUCUGGCGGCAGGUCUUUCACUCGAUGGACGACGCAGCUCUGAUCACAGACUGUAACGCUGGUCUCAAGCAUGCCCUCGAUGUCUUCGGUGUCCAAUCUGGCAUCAUUGCAGCGAUGACUAUGGCAGAGAUGCAGAAAGACGCUACACUACGACAUGAAGAGCUUGUUGCCAUCCUCAAGGAGAAGCGAUCGAAGCGAAAUCCUGCCCGUGCUGAUGACGCAGCACCCCUGGACGAAUCUCCGCGAAAGAGGCGUCCAGCCAAUAUAGAGGUGCCUUCCGGUAUCAUCUCCAUGCUGCCUGCCUCGCCCAAAAUCUUCUAUGGUCGUGAAGCUGAGCUGAAGCAUGUUGUCGAGGCUAUCACAGCCUCUCAGCCAGCUCGUGUCAGCAUCUGUGGACCUGAGGGCAUCGGAAAGACUGCAAUUGCGCUCACUGCCAGUCAUCAUCCAAAGGUUUCUGCUAUCUUUGGUAGCCGGCGAUUUUUCAUAGAAUGCGCUGGUGCAAACAAUCCAAAACAUCUCGUUGCUGGCAUAUCGCAGUGUCUUGGUCUGCAGGGAGCCAGCCGAAAGCGCGUUAUUCGCUACCUGGUGUCUCUGGCGGCGGAGAAGAUGCCAAUCCUCCUGGUACUGGAUGGCCUAGAAACCGUGUGGAAGCCCCACAAACACCGUGAUGAUGUGGAGGACUUUCUGUCGCUCUUAGUGGAUAUCAAGGAGCUCACGCUUAUCGUGACGAUCCGUGGCAGCGAACGACCUCGGCAGGUUCUCUGGACACGGCCAUUCCUACGCACUCUUGAUCCGCUCAACGAUUCAGCCGCUCGCGACACUUUCUUGGACAUCUCGGACGUGUCUCCAGACGACGACAGUCUGACCGAGUUGCUCAGCUUCACCGAGAAUAACCCAGCAGUGCUCACGCGCUUGGCCGGACUCGCUUCGUUCGAAGGUUGCCCGUCGUUGGUUGCCCGUUGGCAUGCUGAGGGUCCUGCCCUACUGCUGGAUCAGAAGAACUGCGUGGUCUCUGGACCCACGGGUAUAUCAGAUGGUCCGACAGAUGAGCCGGAAGAGAUGGAUGCGGACUGCGAUCAGAUUACGCGGGUUGGGUCGCAGUCCAGUGUGCGUUCAGGCUCGUUUGGGGAUGACAACGUUGAAGCUAUCGACUCGACCAUCACCAUCCUCGAAGGACCGCUCACUGAAGAACCAGAGGACUUCGAGAUGACGACCAGCAUACCAGCACGAUCGUCCGAUACGACCACACGUGCGGGAAGUGUCGUCUCUCCCAAGUCGAGCGUCUUCUUCGCAGAACCUAUGGUCGAUGAACGUGACGAGUGGUGGGAUGGAGAGAUGACGCGUUCCGGGACUCCUGUGGACGACAAGGCCCAAAUGCUUCGCUAUCUCAUCGAAGAUCUCACACCGCUGCUCCGCAAACACCAGCGAACACCGUCCAUCGAGAGCUUGCUGUUCUCUAUCGACCGAGAUGACGUUCUUGUCGAGAUCACGGCCAACUAGGCCCAAAAUUGUUCCAAGCAGUGAACGACGCCGACCCUCAUCCUUGCACUCACUGACACCUAUGUACCCUGCCAUCACCAACAUAUGCGUCUCUUCUUACUCUUGCGCGCCCAAGGCAGAUCGGGCCUCGUCUCCCGUUACUUAUGAACAUAUGCUAUCCCUUAUUGCAUUCCAAUGUACUGCUACACAUUGUAUCUCUCGACUAUAUGUAAUCGACCUCAGGGAGGACUCUUCAUUCCGGAAAUUAGGUUACACAAAGAGCUCCCUGUCCUUCCCAAGAAACGUUAGCGUGUGGUGGAGGGGCGUUGAAGCGAUAGUUACUCGUCGGGUUUUCCGUUCUCAUUUUACAGUACUGUUGUGCUCAGUAGGAUGUACGUCAAUAGCGUCUUUCCAAAGACUGGCAAUGAUAC